UAAUAGAGGGAGGAGAGGGAGAGACUAAGAGAGGGAGAGAGAGGGAGAGAGAGAGAUGGGGUUUUUAGGGCAGAAGAUGGCGGCGAUGGUGGUCGUGGUGUGGGUGGCGAUGAUGGCGGCGGCGGCGAGGGGGCAGACGGCAGCGUCGUGCGCGUCGAAUCUGGUGCCGUGCGCGCAGUACGUGAACAAUACGAACACGCCAGCUGAGACGUGCUGCGGGCCGCUGAGGACUGCAGAGACGAACGAGACGUCGUGCUUGUGCGCGCUCUACAAGAGCCCCGAAAUCCUUAAAGCCUUCGGCAUCACCCUCGAGAAGGGCCGCGAGCUCUCCCGCCGCUGCGGCAUCACCAACCAGCUCUCCUGCGACACCGGAGCUCCGGCGUCUGCUCCUCCAGCUACUCCUGGAGGUGGAAGUGGAAGCGGGCAUAGAGCGUCCUGGUUUGGAAUCACAGGCUUGACGAGCUUGCUCUUCUUCUGGUGGUCCAUUUUGGCAUAGGAGGGGUAUCCUAUCCUAUCCUAUCUCCCAUCCUGACUGGAGAAACUAGCAGAAGGAUUGUUCCAUUAGAAUCGUUGUUUGGUCAUCAUAUUGUUGUCAGUUUUCCGAUUUCAUUUAUUUGGACUUGGGUGACGGGCUCACGGCUGGUAGUAAAUCCUGUCACUUGUUUGAUGAGCAGUUCCUUUGUGUUAUCCAUCUACAUCAGAGUAUAUUUGGUUUCAUGAUUUUAUCUUCUUGUCCUCAAUAAAAUAAUCAUCAGAACAUGUCCGGAAACUGGGAUUUGGUGUGCAAAUACUGCCGUAUUU